GUAAGAAUAAUUUAUAAACAACCAGCCUUAGCCUACAAGAUCUCAGCAGGGAAUCAGAUAAAAAGAUUAUUUAUGGGUGCAAGCCUGAGAAAAUACAGCAGUUAACAUGUGCUACUGAGAAGUGAUGUUCACAGAGAUGCAUGCCCUAGACACCUACCGUGGGGUGCAAAAGACAUUGCUUUUCAGAAACAGUGGAAACAGGAUGUAGUGGAUCCAUGUUUCAGUGGCCCUUCCCAUAUACCUGUUGUGCUCUAACCCCAGCUCCUUGGCAUGGUGCUCCCCCAUGCUGGAAGAGAAAGCAGCUUCCACCACAACAAAAACCUAGUUCAAAGUUUGUCUUUGGGUGCAUUGGCACUGAGAGAGCUGUUCAUGAGAUUGUUUUUAUUACAGACAUAGUUAAUCAUACAAAGGAACUUUUAUUUGACAAGGACCUGUACUUGAGAACCUUAUUUCGUGGUCACAGGAGAACAAGCAUCGCAGUAUAUGGCUUUUAAGAUUUCACAAUGAGAAUGGUAUUUCACAUGCCUUGAAAAUUACUAAAGCCAACAUUUGGAAAAGUGAAAAAAAAAAUACAUCCUGGGGCUCUCUUCCAAAAUGUAACAUCACACACACUGUAUAUGGCCAACAAACCACACAGAGAACACUCAGUCGUGCCUCAGAAUGGAUCUUUGAAUUCUCUCAGUAAUCUCUCUACUGUUCUUUACCAACUGUUCCUGAAUUUAAAACUUUACCUAAAUCACCAGGAAGCACAAGGAUUAGGUGUGCCUAUCUGGUGUUUAUCUUACCUUUAUUACAAUCAUUUCAUAUCCUUUUUAUGUAUAAAAAAUAUCUUUCAUGCUCUCAGUUCUGAUCUGUGCAGUCUACUAAGAGUUUCCCUUUCUUUUUCACCAUGAAACUAACUCUGGGAGUCAUGAUUAGUUCUCUUUAUACAUAAAAACAUGUCUAUUUUAUAAAAUUUCUUUCCAGCCAAAAUUGCUGAGCUGUUUAUGGGAUUUUCACUUUCAAUGUAAUCUACAUUCAAGAUUGUUCCCUAAGCUCAAAUUGUAUUUAUUUAGUGUUUCCAGAACACAUGAUCCUAACUGGUUAAUAUAUAUUAAUAGUAAUAACGGUCAUAGAUUCACUGUAUAUUGAAAUUAAGCAGAAAUGUGUUCAAAGCAGUAAAAAUACAUCAUUAUUUGAAUAAAAGGUGACUGAAAUGUGUUAAGUACAUAAAUUAGGAAUUGCUCAUGUGGUUAAUUGCCCAUUAGCACUACAUUCUUAAAAAUACCUACAGAAAAAAUUUCCCUUUGAAGAGGAAAUGAAAUUAUACAGCUGAAUAUGAAUUGUGUUUCCUGCCAAGAGGACAUCUGGACCUCCAAGUUUAUAAAAGGCUUGUGGUAGUGCUCAGACAUUAGCUAGCAGGCUCUGGAGAAACUUUUCUAUGACUAACUCUACAGACACUUCAUGUACAAUUGCUAGCUGACGAGGAGGUCAUAGUUAGCUGCAGUUAAAAUCUGAAAGUUGCACUGGAAAGUAAAUGUUCCUGAGGUUUUUUAGUUUAGCUCAUCAUGAAUGAAUCCAUGGCUCCAGCCCAGAGAUCAUAAGCAAGGAAAAUAAACACUUUUUUUUCCUCUGUAUUUAGUAAAAGCAAUGAUUCUGUUUACAAAAGGAAAUAUUUAACUGUUACGUAUCUUCUCCAUUAUUUUUUACAUAGAACAUUACAGAUUUUCUUCCAUUACUCUUAGCCAAAAACCUGCUACAAAAGGGUUAGAUUCCUGCUGUCUUUUUAGUUUUAUAUCCUCUCAAGUUAUCUUAGUUUGCACGAGACUAUCAGUGAAAGAGAUAACAUUCAGACUGUUGUGAGGGAAGAUGUCCAAAGCCAGAGAGCUGUGUUGAGUUGUAGCCCAAUUCCCUGACAAGACUGCCAGCUUGAGUGAGUUUAUGAACUCAGAUAAAACUGCUGCUCUCCUAAUUCCACAAUGAUAGAAAAUGUUCUGUGCAUUAAGUACCAAAUUGUGUGAUGUGGAAUAUUAGCACUUAACCAAUACCCAGAGGCAUCGCAGACAGAAAUAUUGCAAGUGGCUGAGGUAUAGACAUCACUAAUGUUGUACGUAUAUGUAAGAGAUGAAUGAUGCUUUCCUCAGAAACUCCAUCCUUAGUUAUCUUCUGGGUGUAAAAAUACAGAAACUUAAAGAGCAGAGUGAAAUAGCUGGAACAGAAAAUUAACAUUCAGGAUGACUGAUUGCAAAAUACUGAUUUAUUUUUUUUUUUAAUGCAUUCUUCUUUAUGACUGACAUGCUCCACUUAAACAUUAAGUACUGAAAUGUUUGAUAUAAUCAUAGACUCAGCAAUGUCUUGUCUACCAUAAUGACUCCGAGACUGACUCCCUGCAAAAAACAAGAUGCAGGCAGUAUUAUCAAGCACACCACCACCACUAGAAUAGUCACCAGAGGAGGCAGCUCUGGCAACCCAGCAGAUUUUCAAUGGAAAACAACAUUUUACCUAUGUUCUCAUUCCUGCACUACCUCACACAGACUUACCAGAGAGAAAUAAAGGCACUACUAAUGCUACAAAAGACUAAAUGCUUUGGAGGCUGGGGCUGCCUCCCUCCACCUGCGCUCAAAUGAAAUUUUGAACUGGAGAGGAGUGUUGUGAAUUUGGACCUGUAGAAACCCUCUCUCCAGCCAAGAUCUUCAGCAUAAGGUCUUGGAGGAGUCAAUGCUUUAUUAUUAUAAUUGCUGACAUUUGAGGGCAAUAAGCUGUCUAAUCUAACAGCAAUACUGUUAACCCAAAGUUCAGGAUAGGAGAAACUGAGAGGGAGCAAAAGAAUGAAAAGUUAAACAAAUGAGUGAUUCACACAGUGAGUAGGUAGCAUUCCUGGUGCUGGGGAAGUGGGCAUCAUCCUGCUAAAUUUAUACAUAAUAUGGAAAAUAAGAGUAAGAGAAAGGGCAGGGAAGGGUGCACAGCUAGCUUUAUGUCACCAGCAUGAUUCCUACUACUCUCAGGGAGCUGGAAUUUGGCUAUAUCUGUUUCUGCCAUCAGUCUAGAGGAGACACAGAACUACUUACACUAAAUUGGCACUUUCAUUCUUUCGUGUCACUUUAAACAAUGGCAGCAAAGAGAGGAAAUUCCAUAGAAUUUAGAGGAAGUUCAAAGCUUGCCAAUAUGCAAACAUUUCUCACCGUUGCACAUACAAAGCAUGGAUUGAUCUAGCCUGUAAUGAUCAAUGGGCACUUCCAGAAGUUAAAUGUUUGUUAUACCAUUGAUGGAAGACUUUUAAAUGUUAUGUUUCUUUUUUGAGGUCCGUUCCUCUCAUUUCAAAGACAUCUCCCAUUCACUUCAGAAUUUUUUUUAAAAUGCCUGAAACUUCUCUACUGAGUGUUUCCUCCUCAAAUCAGAGUGAAACCAAGAGCAACUCAACUAUUUGCCUGGACUUGAAUGGCUUGUGGGAAAUAGUGUAGUAUAUAGUACCCAAAUAUAUUGAGACUGUUAUUGGAAUUCUUGGAAAUGCAUUUGUUCUAUUCACUUAUUCACUGCACAAGGGUUCCCUGAAGAUAGCUGAAACCUAAUUUAUGAACCUAGCUGCUGCUGAUCCUAUCUUCCCCACAUGUCUCCCUUUCUGGGCAGAGAAUAUCAGGAAUGAAUUUAAGUGGCCAUUUGGCAGUUUCCUUUGCUGCAGCACCAACACAUCCAUCAGCCUGAACAUGUACCCCAGCAUCUACUUGCUGGUGGCAGUCAGCGUGGAUCGCUAUUUGACUUUUGUUCACACCUUGGACAACAGAGUGAUAUGGAGAAAAACUACAGCCAAAGGGAUCUGCUUGCCUGCCUGGUUCUUUGACAGCCUUCUCAGCAUCCCAACCUUUAUGUUUCAGACUGUGAAACACUUUCCCCUGUGGAAUAUUUCAGCAUGCACUUUAGACUUCCCUGCCCCAUUGUGGGUAACAACUGAAAGGCUGAUAGUCAACAUCGUGGGGUCUUUGUUGCCAUUUACAGCCGUUAUCUUCUUUAAUUUCUCUACCAUACACUUCCUAAAAAAAAAGGCAAGGGAACACAGAGCACUCAGAACAAAGAGCUGCAAGGAAACAAAGGCUACCAGGCUGAUCUUCACAGUGGUAUUAAUGUUUCUUCUGUGCUGGACUCCUUACCAUUUUUUUGUAUUCCUUGAUAUAUUAUACCAGACAGAAGUGAUCAAAGGGUGCUUCUGAGGGGAACUGCUCAACUUUGGUGAGCAGUUUGGUUACACUCUGGCUAUCACCAACAGCUGCAUUAACCCUGUGAUUUAUGUCUUUGCUGGGAAAUACUUCAGGCAUAAGGCUUCAAAAGUUUUUUCACAGUUUAUUCCUUGUGGAUUUCCUUUGAGCUGAGUAUCAUUAAAGAAGUCCUCACAUUUCAACAUGUUUCCAAUCAGAAGUAAUUUAACCUAAUGGUUGUCAGUUUCAUUUUCAUUUUGCUAUUACAACUUAUUUCAAGUGGCAUUAAAAAUUAUUAUGAAUUGCACUGGUCUGGCAUUUACAGAAUAAGGUAAUUAUUUAUUAAAGUAAAUCACUUGGCUUCUUAUUUGUCCUCAAUUUGCUUUUCUUUUUCUAUGGUAUCCAUCCAAAUGUAUAACAUUAUAUGAUUGGAAUUUUAUACCAAAUGAUCUGUCAUCAGUUUUCAGUGACCUGAAAAAAAACUCUUUGACAGAUAUCAGAACUCUCAUUUCUUUACAGAAAGCCAUAAGCUGGCUAAACAUUUUACUGCAUUGAUCUGUGAUGACAAAUAUGAUCCCACCACUAAAGUUAUACAUAAAAUUAUAGUGUGCAUUAAAUAGAAAAUAUGAGUUUAACCUUCAGCUGAUAGCUGCAUUUGAGCAAUUAUAGAAUAGCUCCAAUUAUUUUUAAUGAUUUUUUAAGAGGUUUACACUUUCAAAGUAGCAUAUGGAAAAUUUGAACAAUUUUGUGCUUUUCAAAUACAUUCAGUACAUAAAUAUUGUACAAGACAAUGUACCACAAAGAAAGUGUAGAUAAGCUGCAAAAAAAGGAAAGCAACCCAGCAUCCUCUUUAAAAUCUGACUUUUUCUUGAUCCAGAAAAUGUUACACAAUUACUCAUGAAAUACCUAAAGAUUCUUUCUAUCUUUUAUAUGUGGAAAUACCAGUGGUGGCCAUUAAUACUGUAUUAUUUUGGAAUAUCUCCCAUCUGAGGCAAAUCCUUGGCUAUAUAUUUAUAUUUUUAUGAAACAAAAUGAAUAAACUGCAUAACAUCUGAUUUUA